AUGAAGGUCCUGAUCGCCGGCGCAACGGGCGGCAUUGGCAGCCAAGCCCUCCGACAGAGCCUCGCCCAUCCGCACAUCACCAAAGUCGUCGCCUUGACCCGUAGAAACCUCUCGCUUGAGCACCCCAAGCUGGAGAACAUCCUGAUCAAGGACUUUGGGAAGUGGCCCGACCAUGUGCUGAACCAGCAUGCGGAUGCCGCUGGGAUGAUUUGGUGUAUUGGCUCAUACAGCGGUGACGAGAAACUCGACUUUGAGUACCCAGUCGCUUUCAUGGAGGCCAUGGUGAAGGUCUUGGAUGCCAAGAAUAGGGACGCUCCCUUCCGAUACGUUCAUCUCAGCGGCAAAUUCGGAAAAUCCGACACUGCAGCCCUCGCAAUGGCCGAGAAGCACGCCGAUGUGUGGCACACGUGCGUUGUCAAGCCAGGAGGCGUGGCGCACCACCCAUGGCAAGACCUGGGUGUCUGGUUGAUGGGAGACAAUUGGGCCGUGAGAGGGCAGGAGCUGGGUACUUUCAUGGCGUAUCUAGUUGUCGAUGGACAAAGGGAGAGCUCCAUCAUCCUCAACGACCGUAUCGCUCAGAAGGGGAGGGCGUUGCUGCGAGAAGCGUGA